UCUCCCCCAACUCCCCGCGGAUUUUCUCUCCCUGAAAGCCUCCCUUUGCCAUGGCCCAAAUCUGUUCAAGACGGUAGUAGAGUCUGGAACAGCAGCCCUUGUCCCCAGGGACGAUAUGCCCAUCAGAACAGUAUAUAAAGGCCUCCUCCCAUGGCUACAUCCAACCUCACAACCUCUCUACCACACCACACACUUGCAGUCAAGGCAGAUCCUAAAGCAUCACUCAUUCGGCUUCAACAACUCUCACUCUCAUGAAUACCGCAGAACAGUUACGGCAAAUGACCGCCAAGAUCACUCUUACAACGCGGCCAAUGGUAAUGUUACCACAUUGACUAGACACAACACCGGGAUCGUGAGCCACGGGGUACGGCAGACUCUAUACAAAGUAAAGAACCCCAACUCGACCCGCCCAUGUCUGAGACCAACGACUAUCCGACUCCAGCUCUCUGUUGCCUUACAAAUGUCACACGCGCAUGCUCAAUUCGACCAAACGACCGACAGACAGACUAACAGAUUGACUGGAUGGUUGGGUUGUGUAUGGUGUACGUCCUGGGUGGACAGGCCAUCGAUUGACGAUACUUUAACACUCUGAUCAUUGUAGCCGCUGCUUCGUCACAGGCAACUGUCCGACUCCUCAACGAAUUGGCACAACAGGCGUGCGACGUUACUUGUGAUGCUUGUCACGAUGUGUCUGAAGUGUGGUUGCCAUGCUCCUGCCAGCUUUUUAGGUACUAAAUCGCGGUAGAUAGAGCUUGUUGUCCAUAUUGCUUCUGGAUCGAACCUCCUGUACC